AUGAAACUUGCCAUCGCCACCCUCUUUCUUGCUGCGGUAGCAUCUGCUAGAAGCUGGGGACGAGAUGGGGAAAGAGACAGGGGAAACAAUUGGGUGAAGAAGUACUACUAUGACGAGAAUUACAGGUGCGGAAAGGAAUAUGAUGCUAAGCACGAUUAUGAGUACGAGUGCGAUGGUAAAUGUGGCAAACGCGAGUGCUGUGAGGAGAAGGAGUACUUUUGCGAUGACUUCAAAUGCAAUGGCGAUCUAGUAGCCAAGUAUAAUUUUGAGUACAAGUGCGAUGGCAAGUGCAACAAGCACGAAUGUUGCAAAGAGGAGAAGCGGAACAACGGGAUGAAUGACAGGAAGUGGAACAAGGGGGAUAAUGACAAGAGAAACAAAACAAUAGAAAGAGAAACAAUGGCAAGAGAAACAAAAACAAUGGCAAAAGAAACAGGAAUGGACGCCAUUAAAAAUUGA